UUUGUAAAACUAAACUAAAUAAUUUAUAACUUGGGUUUUAAGGAAGGUUUAAGAAAUUGUUUAACUUAAUUAAUUAGGAUGGUGAAUUGUGUUUAUUAUUAGUUGGUGGUAUGAAGGACAUCAAAAGUGCGUACCAGAUAUCUAGGUUAAGUUGGCAAGGAGAUCCAUGUCUUCCAGAUCAAUUUGCAUGGGAGGGUCUCACUUGCAACUAUCAAACCAAUCCAAGGAUCACGUCAUUGAAUCUGAGCUCAAGCAAACUGAGAGGGAAGAUAAAUUCAUCAUUCUCAUGUCUCACGGAACUAGAAUACUUGGAUUUAUCUAAUAACGAGUUGGAAGGAUCUCUGCCUGAAUUUUUGGGAGAUCUGUCAAAGUUAAAAGUUCUGUAAGUUCAACUAAAAUCUUAAUUUUUUAUUUAACUUUGCCAGUUUUAUGGUGAUUAUGCUUUUAUAUUAACA